GUCGAAACUCUCAGUCCACUUUGGGACGGCUGAAAGAGAUAUCAAGACCAAUAUAAACUUUGAAUAUAUCAGCAAUGGCGAUUAUCUCCGUUAUACUUCAAAUAUCGCUGUACAUCACAGUGACAAUAGCACAACAACAAUCCACGAAUCCUAGUGUAAGCUGGCUUUACCGUCCAUCAAUCGUAUAUAACCUGGAUUUACGUCACACGUUGCUGCCACCUCAACAGCAAAGAAAUCAGUCGAUUGCCGUGCGAGACGACUACACGUACGUUCCGGGAAUCGGUGCCUACAAAGUUCACACGCGAGGGGUUCCAUGGAACGAGGCUCGAAAGACUUGCGACGAGGAGGGUGGUCACUUGGUCAUCCUCAACUCCGUUACCGAGGCGAAAAAAGUUACUGAGCUUUUCAAGAAAGCGGAACGAUUUACUGGGUCCUCUUGGCCAGAUUGGGUCAGCAUUGGAUUUCAUGAUCUUUACGCAGAGGGCGAACACGUAACCAUCCAUGGUCAGACGUUGGCGAAGGCUGGCUUCAGUGAAUGGGUGGCCGGAGAGCCCAACGACCUUGGCAAGCGGGAGAAUUGCGGGUCCUUGUACAAAAAUGGUCGACUGAACGACCAUGAAUGCGUUACUCCAUUGGGAUUCAUAUGCGAGCUACCGAUUGAUUAAAAAAAACGCCGAGCAGAAGAUCGGUCUUUAAUAUUGGAUAGUGUCAGAUUAAGAGACAUAAAUAUGUAACAUUGUAAUAUAUUAGAAUUGAUGCAAACCUGAAUUACUUGAAAUUGGUGGAUGGAGAUACUUUUCCAUACAGCGCUUGCAAAGUAUGACGUCGCGCACGGGCUGAAGUGCGGAAAACGUUCCAUUCCCGCUCUGUUUAUUCCCCGUUCUGUAUAUUCUACGUGCAAUAUCACCGCGCGAGUCACAAAGAGACAUUAAUUAUAGUCACCGCUCAUGACCGUCCAUAGAAUUGUCACUUAACGUCAAUAUAUGGGCUUAGUUUUUUAAUCGAAAUUCAACUGUCUUUAGAUUUUUCAAGUAAAUCUUCUCUAGUGACGGUGACCGCAGAAUAUUACGAAACGCAAUAUUAUGAAACGCAAACUGUAUACAGGGUUCCUUAUCCCCGAUCUCCUCCUUGUGAAGAAUCUUCGUGUAGUUACUUGUUUAUGCCUCAACACAGCUAUUGGCGGAAAGUGAGAUAGAAUAUAAUAUGAAUAUAAAAAGCGUCGUAUCAGCAUCAUGAUGAUAUUAUUUCUUUACUAUUUUUUGUAUAAAAAAAUUGAUUAACAUGAGUAAAAUGAAUAAAGAAUCUUAUAAGUAUGAGAACUUUCGGUUUUGCUAAUGAUUACGAGUGAGACUUCGAGUUCUUCUGAUUGGUACAAAGUUCGAACCCGGAUGAAAAAUAUUCGUGAAACAGAAUAUCUUUCUUCUCAUUGGCAUGAAAUGCAAUUAAUAUUUUCUCAAAUCUAUUAGUUCAAGUGACGUCGAAAGUUGGCAUACCUCGAAA